AUGUCUUCCGAGGUCGCGGAUCUGAACAACGUGGACGCGGACGAUUUACGCGUCGAAAAUGACGUCUCUGGACUGCCGAGGACGACCAAGUCGGAAGAGGAGCAGCAUGAGAAGGAGACAUUGGGUGCAGAUGACCAUUCGACCCGCGAUAAAGGCCUGGGAGAUGACGAUGAUGCGCAGGAUGCAUUCAAAAAUGGUGACUCUGGGCUGGAUAGCGAAGAUCACGAUGAAUACAACAAUGGAUAUAGGCCGAUGGGUCCAGCAAGCAGACUGAGAAGUGUCGCGCUCGACAAACCCUCCUUAGGCAAGCAUUUCGCGUUGAAGCAAGAUAUUCUGAUCAAGAUUGCGCUGCUCCCAUGUGUCCUGGGUCUCAGAGAUGCGAUGACGAUGAACCUGGAAGCUGAGCGAAUGAAAAUUAUGCGCGAGAGCUCCAGACUUGCAGUUUCGUUGGCACUACACUGCAAUGCGCCAGACAUUACGGUUGCAAGAUGUCAGUUCUACCAAGCAUUAGUGAAUAUGGCAAUAGGCAUGCACACAGGAGACUCUGAAGGAGAGAGACCUGCCUUCCUUCUGGACCAGGUCAUCAACGUCGUAGGCUGCAGCGAGCGAGAAUGUGCUAAAGAAUGGCUGUCAAGGCUCGAAGGCCACGAUAUAUCAACACCUCAGAAGUCGGAGAGCAGAUCUGGGCUCGUUCAAAGAGUUGCCAGCUGGGGUAGCAGCCUUUUCCCCAAUUUCAGCCCUUAUAAGUCCCCACCGAAGAAAACAAAAUCAGACCCACCACAACCUCUCGUGCCAGAGGCGCUGAAACAGAUGGUUGGAACUCCAACAACUUCCUCAAUACCAGUGAUCUCCCGCCAAAGCCCAAGCACUCAAGCACCAGACUCCGCACGUCCAGCCAUGAGUCCCACAACACCCACAAAGCAAAUGACCAGAACAAGCGACCCUCCAUCCGGCACCAGCCAAUUCAGUCGCCCUCUCAGCGACCUCUACGAACUAAGCCCCCGAAGCGGAGAAGAAGGUGAAAAUCUAGACAACAUCAGCAUGUCAGACUGGCAAUCCCGCCCCAACAGCAGAUUCAGCAUGAACUCCAACCUCUCCGCUUCCCCAAACACUCCUUCCAAAACCCUGGAUCCAUCACCAAGAAGACCAUACCCCCUCCGCCACCGUUCCAGCGGCAUCGACGCCUCCUCCGGCUCUCCAACUUCAAACCGCACCCUCCCUUUCUCGACCCGGGAAAAUUCCGCCGAAGAAGGCGAAGCACCUAUCCUCCCCGCCCCCAACACCACCCGCCAAAAACACACCCGUUCCCGCUCCCUAGCCCUCACCCUCCCCUCCCCAUCCAAACACCCCCGAAAGCUACAUCAAGACGACGAUCACAACAUCUUUGAAGAUUCUUCCUCUUCUUCCUCCCCCCGAAGGAAAACUUCUCUGGUCAAUCGUCUGGGUUUCGGGAGGGCGAGAAGUGAGGUUUUGGUUGAUCCGCAUGAUGAGGCGGAGAAGGGGGGAAGUCCGAGACGUAAGACGUUUGUGGCGACGCAGGAGGAGAUGGAGGAUUUGAUGGAGAAGGGGAGUAGUCCUAGGAUUUUGGGGGGGUUUGGGGAUGGGGAUGGGGUGUAG